AUGGCAGGCUUCCUUGUCCCCGACCACUUUGAAAAGGAGGAGAUGGACGAGUACUCGAUUAUGAUAGCCAGCAUAUUUUUGGGAUUUACGAUCGCUUUCGCCAUAUUCUCCGCGGCGACAGCAGCCCGGCAGACGUUACAAUCGUGGAGGCGCGCCCGCCGGGUCAGCAUAUACGUUUCGAUGAUCUGGGGCCACUGGCUGGUGAAUAACAUAAUGGCAAUAAUCAGCUUUCUGUAUCUUCGGGAUAUCAUACAAGCGAGUUUCUGGCUAUGGUUUUUCAUCAUCGUACUAUGGGUGUUCCAGUCUCAACUCAUCAUCCAAAUCAUUACGAACCGAAUAUCGCUGUUGAUCAUGGUGCGGCGCCGUGCGAGGAAACUGAAAUGGGCGGUCUUCGGUGUCAUGACGUUCAUCAACGUCGCCGUCUUCAUCAUCUGGAUACCGGCACGUCUCGAAAUAAACGACACCUGGAUCGACAUCAACGAGGUGUGGGAUCGGAUUGAAAAGACCAUCUUCUUGAUCUUGGACCUCGGGCUCAACGUUUACUUCAUUUACCUGGUUCGACACCAGCUUAUUUCCAACGGCUUGAAGAAAUACGUUCCGCUGUUCCGGUUCAACAUCUUCAUGGUUGCGAUGUCGAUUUCAUGUGAUGUUAUCUUGAUCGGUCUCAUGUCUUUGCCGAACGAUUUGAUCUACCUCCAAUUCCAAUCCGUCGCAUACGCCGUGAAGCUGCACAUCGAGAUGAACAUGGCAGACUUGAUCAAGAAGAUCGUACGCGCCUCGAACGUCAACACGGAAGGGUUGUCGUCAGGGAUCGAAGCGAAGGGCAAGAUGAAUGAAAUUAGGAGGAGCCCCACCUAUGGCAACAACCUCGACUUCAUAACCGAUAUAACACGGGGAUCAAAUUAUCCUUAUGCAGAGGACAUCACUAUACAUAUCGAGCUCGACAGUACAGAUGACCUCCCAUGCCCGGGCAGGCUGGGGGCGCAUACGAGUGACCUGGAGGGUGGUGUCGAGAAGACGGCCGUGCCGACACAAUCUGUGGGCAGAAGAUCCGUGGAGGACGAAGAGUUUAGUGAAGCGGGCUCGGAACGGGGACUGAAAGACCCUGCCGAACCCUGA